AUGGCAGAAUUGGACAGGAAAAAGAACAGUAGAGCUGUAGUUCGCGGUGCUUUCACACGUUUGGGAAACGAACUGGAACAACUUUUAUCGGCGCAGAUUGUAGAUUUGCAAAAGGCUCAAGUUACAUGGGAGCUUUUGCGCGAGAAAUGCGACGAUUUGAAGGAGCUGGAUGCCCAUUUGUAUGAAUUACUGUUAGACGAUGGUACCGAAGAAGAAUUGCUGAAUAAGGGAAGCAAGGCAGAAGAUGAUCAUGAUCACGUCUCAAUAAUGUCAGGGCCCGUCAUGGAUAAUGGAAAUUUAGGAAAGCGAAAAUUCAAACUUCCUGAAAUAGAAUUUAAGCGCUAUGACGGCAACAUCAGAGACUGGCUGUCUUUUUGGGCACAAUUUAAAAAAGUACACGAGGACCCAGAAAUUGACAAUCAUGAUAAAAUUGAAUAUUUGUUACAAGCAACUGUACCAAAUUCUAGAGCUAGACAGCUUGUCGAAAGUUUUCCUGUGAUUGGAGCAAAUUACAGUAAAAUCAUAAAAUGCAUGCAAUCACGAUUCGGGAGAGAAGAUCUUCAAAUUGAGUUUUAUGUAAGGGAACUUCUCACCUUAAUUUUAAAUAAUGCAGUUUCGAAAGAUAAGAUGGAUUUGUGUACAUUGUACGAUAGAAUCGAAACACAAAUCAGGUCACUCGAAACGUUAGGCAUCACUUCAGAAAAAUGUUCCGCAUUACUUUUUCCCCUUAUUGAGUCUUGCUUGCCACAAGAGUUAUUACGUGUUUGGCAACGUACUGCACAAGCUGUUCAAAUGGUUGGCAGCACGACGAAUUUGCCUCGGCAAUUGUCUCUUGUUGAAGUUUCUCUAGAGAAUCGACUUGAAAGCCUAAUGCAAUUUUUAAAAAAUGAAGUCGAAAAUGAACAAAGAAUUACAUUGGUCACAGAAAAUUUUGGGUUAUCUGCAGGACAUUCACCGGGUCAUGGCGGUGCCAAGUCUAGGGUCGAGAGAAAAAUGGAUAGAGUUGGGGUAGCGUUACCUUCGGCUACAGAUUUAGUAAACUGCGACGCGAAUAAAUGUGUUUUUUGUAAUAAUCUGCAUAAGAGUCAGGACUGCGUGAAAGCGCGUAAAAUCAGUUUAGAAGAUCGGAGAAAACAGUUAACAGACAAACGAGCGUGUUUUCGGUGUCUUAUGUCAGGUCACAUGGCAAAAAAGUGUCGCGUGCGCCUAUGCUGCGUGAUUUGUUCGCGAUCACAUGUACCAAUUAUGUGUCCACAAUUACCUUCGAAUAAAGCCGUUGAGGACAAUGUAAAUCCUGUUACGGAACAGACUCUUACUAAUUGUACUAGACAUCACGUGUUUUUACAGACUCUAAGGGUAAAGUUGAAAGGCGCCAGAGAAAGGUCUUGCGUUUUGCGCGCUUUAAUCGACAGUGGGUCCCAGAGGUCCUAUAUUCUAAGAUCUACAGCCAUGAAGUUAGGAUAUAGACCUAAACGAACAGAAAGUAUUGUCCAUUGUCUAUUUGGCGGAAAAACCAUGACACAAAUUCACAAUUGCUAUGAUGUUACUGUUUGCAAGGAUAGCUAUUCUUUGACAUUUGAAGUUCUUGACCAGCCUGCUAUUUGUACCGAUAUUUUACCAGUUUUCGAUGGUACUUGGAUGGAAGAAGUUCGCAGUUUGAAUAUUGAACUUUCUGAUGUAAAUGAACCUGGACCAAUCGAACUGUUACUUGGAGCAGAUGUGGCUGGUAAAAUCUAUGGUGGCGACUAUAGAGAAUUGAAAUGUGGACUAAUUGCUAUCAAGACAUGUCUGGGGUGGACUCUCAUGGGUAAAAUUUCUACUGAGGAGAACAUCGAAUAUUCCAACCUGGCAUUAACAACCUUGUCCCUGUUGAUAAAAGAAGCAUCCAUCACCGAAUUAUGGCGGCUUGAUGUUUUGGGUAUUACCGAACCUUCAGAAAGGAAAACCAAGGAGGAGCUAGCCGAUGAUGCUAAGGAUUUCUUUUUGCGUACUGUGAAGAUAAAUCACGGGAGGUAUGAAGUCAGGCUGCCGUGGAUCGCCGGACACCCUCCACUCCCAGAUAAUUAUAACCUCGCAAAAAGGAGACUACAGUCCACUAUUAGAAAACUAGAGAACGAGAACAUGACGGAAGAGUAUGAUCAGGUUCUACAAGAAUGGCUCUCGAUGGGUAUCAUAGAGGAGUUUGCAGAUAAUGUAGGAGUUUUACCAGUUCAUUAUUUGCCUCAUAGGGCUGUGGUAAAACCUGAAAGUACUACCAAGAUACGUCCUGUUUUUGAUGCGUCUGCUCAUGAAAAGGGAACACCUUCGAUCAAUGAUUGUCUAGAGAAGGGCCCAAAUCUAAUUGAAGAAAUUCCUUCGAUACUGUUGAGAUUCAGAGAAAAUCAAAUAGGUGUCACUUCAGAUAUUAAGAAAGCCUUUCUUCAAAUCGGUAUCCAUCCCAGCGAUAGAGAUUUUCUCAGAUUUUUAUGGAUAGGGCCAGACGGAAAAGAAAAGACUUAUCGACACAGACGAGUUGUGUUUGGAGUUAACUGUAGUCCAUUUUUGUUGGGAAAAACUAUUGAAUAUCAUCUUGACCGUUGUCUGGAAAUGUGUACGAAAACUGAUACUCCCUAUACAGUAGACUCUGUCGUUAAAUUGUCGAAAAGUUUUUAUGUGGAUAAUUGCAUCACAAGUGUUCCGGAUGAGACCAGUUUGAGGCAGUUCAUUCAAGAAGCAACAAUGAUAAUGAAACAGGGUAAAUUUGAACUCAGAGGGUGGGAGCACUCUCGAAAAGAACACGAGAAAGAAGCGUUUGCUCCUGUACUCGGUCUGAAAUGGUGUUUAACAAGAGACACUUUAAUGGUCAAUGAUACUUCGUUGACAGGAGACUUGGAUUUGGAAGGCAUAGCUGUAACGAAGCGAUUAAUUCUUUCAAUGGCUCAACGAUUGUUUGACCCCAUUGGGUUCACGAGUCCUGCUACUCUAAUGCCCAAGUUAUGGUUGCAAUGUCUUUGGGGGAAGAAAUUGCGCUGGGACGAUUCAGUUGAUGUUGAAACGGAGCAAGCAUUUCGACAGUGGAUUAGAGACCUACCAUAUCUUUUCAAGAUAGAGAUCCCACGUUGGAUCGGUGGGGGAACUGAUCAGGUGCGACAUGUCAGUAUCCACACUUUUUGCGAUGCAAGUAAAAGUGUUUUUGCAUGUGUUAUCUUCCUCAGAAUUGUAACUAGAGGUCAUGUGUCUAUUCACUUAUUGGCGGCAAAAGCUAGAGUUGCUCCGCUUCAUAAAUUAACCAUACCUCGUCUGGAGUUACUGGCUGCAACCAUUGGUGCCAGAUUAUAUGUCAAAACUGUAAAGAAUUUGAAUGGCGAAAUCGAAUCCUAUUUUUGGAGCGACUCUUCAACUGUUGUGGCAUGGAUUCAAAGGAAAGAAGAGUGGGCUACAUUCGUUUGGAACAGAGUUGCAGAAAUUCGGGCGCUAACUCAUCCAAAAUUAUGGAGACACAUACCUGGUUCAAAAAAACCCGCUGAUUUACCUUCACGAGGCUGCUCGCCUAAAUACUUAUUGGAGUCAAAAUGGUGGGAGGGCCCAGAAUGGUUAUAUGAAAGUCCGGAUAGUUGGCCAACUGACGAAUUGGCUUGCGACGAGCUGGAGAUUAAUCUGGAGAAAAAGAGGAAACUAGCCACCACCCUUUUGUGUUCAGCGGCUGAUGAAUGGCAUCUUGAUUAUUUCUCUGGCUAUACCAGGACUAUAAGAAUGGUAGCCUGGAUAUACAGGUUUUGUUAUAACCUCAAACAUCCCGAAGAAAGGCGCAGAGGUGAAUUAACUACGGAUGAAAUGGAUAAGGGCGAAACUUAUGUUAUUAAGAUGAUACAGGCUCAGAGUUUCUCAGGUGAAGAUGAGAAGAGGUUAAGCGGUUUAAAGCCAUUUUGUGACGAACAUGGUAUUUUGAGACUGAAAACAAGAAUUUCGAGAAGGGAAGACCUAGAAAAUUUUAGAUUUCCCAUGAUACUACCUUCUAAACAUCCUGUUGUGGAGAAGCUGAUAUUACAAAUGCACAAGGAAAAGUCGCAUGCUGGUCCCCAGAUACUUCUUAGUUUGCUGCGUGAAUCUUACUGGAUUCUAGGAGGGCGACGCACCGUCAAAUCAGCUUUAUCUCAGUGUGUUGUUUGCAAGAGGUAUAAUUCUAAACACUUUGUUGUUGAACCUCCCCCACUACCUAAGGACAGGGUGCGUGACGCGGUGGCGUUUGAAGUGACAGGAGUGGAUAUGGCAGGACCAUUAUACCUUAAAACAGGAGAAAAGGCAUGGGUGUGUAUGUUUACAUGUACUAUUUACCGCGCUGUACACUUUGAGUUGUGCACAUCUAUGUCGUCACCUUGUUUUAUGAAAGCUUUUAGACGAUUCGUGGUGAGACGUGGUCGACCUAAAGUAAUUUAUAGUGACUGCGGUACGAACUUUGUAGGGACUGAGAAUGCUCUAUCGCAGUUAGACUGGGAAACCAUUUUCCGAGAAACCUCUACCCAACGGAUAAAAUGGAAGUUUAACCCACCUACCGCGGCUUGGUGGGGCGGUUUCUGGGAGCGUUUGAUCGGUAUUGUGAAGCAAAUGUUGCGAAAGGUUCUUGGUCGCUCUAGUUUUAAUUAUGAGGAUUUAAUGACUAUACUAUGCGAUUGUGAAUCUGUGAUAAAUUCACGACCACUUACUUGUAUCUCUAAUGACCCGAAAGACUUGGUACCUAUUACUCCAUCCAUGUUUUUGAGAGACCUGGUAGAUAGUGAUUUACCUGAUUGUGAUAUUAUAGACCAGAAUUCACUCAAUCGAAAGCUACGUUAUCGACAAAAAAUUAGUUUGGAUCUCCGUCAUCGCUUUCGAAGCGAAUAUCUUGGUCAACUAAAACUCAAAUUUAAUAAAAGGCCAAGUCGACCAAUUACACUUGGAGAAGUAGUCCUUGUAGGCAACGAUAUCGAUAAACGUUUACACUGGCCUCUUGGACGAAUAAUCGAGAUCAUUCCUGGCACUGAUGGAAAAAUUCGACUCGUCAGGGUAAAAACAGAGCGAGGGCAACUUUUACGUCCUAUACAACGAAUCUACCCUCUGGAAUGUCUGAUUGUCACUACGGCAGAUGAAGACUCAUCCCUGCAAGAUCAUCCGGAUGCAGAAGUAGAAGACGCCCCCCAUUAUCAGCAAGGAGAGUAA